CCAACUGUGUCGCCGUCAGUGAUGAAGGCUUUGACUUCACCAGAGUCUCCCAGGCAGAGGAGUAACAGAAGGAUCUCCAAACCAGUGAUGGAGAAACGCAGACGUGAGCGGAUCAACAGCAGCCUGGAGACAUUACGAAUUCUGAUGCUGGAAAACUUCCAUGAUGAUAGACUCAAAAAUCCAAAGGUGGAGAAGGCAGAGAUUCUGGAGAGUGUGGUGAACUUCCUGCAGUCAGAGGUGGAGAUGGACAAGGGUCACCGGGCCAUGAACAGUGUCCUGACCCGGGAGCAGAGGCCGACCUCCGGCCAGGUCAACUACCGAGACGGCAUGAGGUCCUGCCUGCUGAGGGUCAGCCACUUCAUCUCCAGCAAGAGCCAGGAAUUAGCCCAGACCGAUGAGGGGGCAGGUCUGGCUCCCCAACCCCAGAGGCACCCUGCAUCUCCCGGACACAUCCUCAAGACACAGGCCUCUCGGUCUCCUCAUCCGGUCCACCAUCAUAGCCAACACGCUCAUCCAUCAUUCUGCACCGAGAGGACCAGCAUGCACUGCGACACCCGGGAGCUGUUCUCCUCCGCCGCAGACGGUGCGCACAUCCCGGACCCUGUGUGGAGGCCCUGGCCGCAGUAA